CGACGUCCAUUUGCACCGGCGGCUGCCACCAAAAUCGGAGCGACUGAGCGGGGGGGGGGGGGGGGUGAGUGAGUCGCCUAAGUGUGCUUAGUGUGUUUUGAUUUUCGGCCUCCUCUUGUUGUUGCUAGCUAAUGCAUGCAUGCAUGCCAGCCUCUCUCCUCUGUUUUGGCUUGGUGCUUCUCGAUCGACACUGUAAUCCGUCUUGAGAGAGAGGGCGAGAGAGUUGGUUUGCAUGGGGUGUGUGUCCUCCAAGGAGUCCAGACGACGACCUCAGGGAUACGAGGAUCCCAACACCUUAGCUAGAGAGACCACGUUUUCUGUCAACGAAGUGGAGGCCCUCUACGAGCUGUACAAGAGGAUAAGCUAUUCCAUAACCAAAGACGGCCUAAUCCACAAGGAGGAGUUCCAGCUCGCUCUCUUCCGGAACAGUAACAAGAGGAACCUUUUCGCCGAUCGGAUAUUUGACCUGUUCGACCUGAAGCGCAACGGAGUGAUUGAGUUCGGGGAGUUCGUUCGCUCCCUCGACGUUUUCCACCCAGAUACGCCCGUGGAAGAAAAGAUCGCCUUUGCGUUUCGGCUGUACGAUCUGAGAGGCACUGGAUUCAUUGGACGCGAAGAGCUGAAGGAAAUGGUGCUGGCCAUUCUGAACGAAUCAGAAUUACUUCUUUCCGACGACGCCGUCGAAGAAAUCGUGGAUCAGACUUUCAGGCAAGCGGACAUGAACGGCGACGGGAAGAUAGAUCCUGAUGAAUGGAAGGUGUUCGCGAGCAAAAACCCGGCACUUCUAAAGAACAUGACGCUCCCAUACCUCAAGUAAUUAAAAACCCGGGACAUAACCAUGGCGUUCCCCAGCUUUGUUCUCAACUCUGGAGCCAGUGACGACGAGUUGUAGUAGCUGCGAGCAUGCAUGGCCAAGCUGCGAGCGAGGAAAAGGAACGCUGACCUCACUCCUCAGUUCACUAAGUUUCAGACGGAGCAGCAGCAGGAGGACCCCUCCUGAAAGGUGAUUUGGAAGCUGGUGGUUCACUCAAGCUGCUAGGAUCAUCUGUGGAAGAACACACAUGCUCCAUACUUGCCCAGCCCACAGCAAGGCUGUACAUGCUGUAUCUUAAUGAGAUGUAAGCGCUUCCCCUAAGGCCGGCCAGCAAGUAACCAAACUUGCCAACGAGAUUAUUUAGUUUUUGCAUGCUCUGCAUAAAA